AUGGGUAUUGAGAGUGAAAUUCCAGCUCAAUUUGGAGUUUCCACAUUGGUCAACUAUCGUGCUUCUCUAAAAUAUGAAAUUCACAAGAAUUUAAAUCAGUAUUUGAGUGCUUUUGUCAAUAGACCUCUUACCUAUCCUUCCCAUGAAUAUGUUGCACAAUUAGUUUCUAAUCAAAUAGCUCUUCCUUCCAGUCAAAUGAUUGAAAUAGUUUCCUUCUCAUUUAGUCCAAUGUUUCCUCCAACUUAUCAAGGGAGAAUGGUUGUUCGUGAUUUUAUGUUUAGUUUUGAUCUUACUAAAGGAUUUGUUGAUAAGAAUGGUAAAUCAGUUGAUAUUGAUUUCCAAUCUCUUCAAUGUUUAUACAUUGUAGAUGAAAAACAAGGUUUCGUCCAAAAAUAUGGCUCAGCCGUCUUCCCUGGUUGGCAAAAACUUGCUUGCACUCCUGAAAUUGGAGAAAACGACUUUUAUCCCAAAUACAUUACCAUUGUUGGUACUUUAAAAUCAAAUCCUCCAAAUCCAAAUCCAAACUCUAUCCACAGCACAACUCCACACAAUAAUGGAACUAGUUCUCUUUCCAUUCCUUUACUUGUAAUUUUGGUAAUUUUCUUUGUUUUUACUGUAAAUAUGAUUUAA